AGAGAGGUGGAGGGACUCUCCUCGUCCCGCGGAGGGCCUGACCAGGGGCGGUUGGGGGCUGCGGAGCUUCAGGGCCGCGGGGCGGCCGGUCUCCGGAGGCGGCCAGGAAGGCGGGGGCUCCGCUAGGACCUCUGCUGAAGGAAGGUGCUGAAAGUUAGUAUUUUCCUUGUGCAGCUUUGAAAGCAAAUAAGACGCUGUGGAAAGUAGAAUGUCAGAAGAUACUGAGGGAAUUGAAAAAGAAAUAGAAGUUGAAUUAAGCAGAAUCAGUGUUUCUUCCUUUGAAGCAGAUGAUCCUGACACAGAGGUAUCAGAUGGAGCUUUGAGUGACAGUGAGAUGAUUUCAGAUGACUUGCCAAAAUCAGUUAUCUCCUAUUUAAACUUUAUAAAGAGCAGAAAUCAAGAUGCUGAAAAGUUUAUACUGCAAGACUUAAAAGAUGAAGAAACUACAGGUAGCAUUUAUGGAGUAGUUUCUUGCCAUGCUUCAGAUUACUUGGCAGAAUUGUCUUCUGAAUAUAAUGAAGAUCCAGAACAAUUAAAAAAAAAGGUACUAUUUGAAAUUGAAAAUGAUGACUUACAGAUUGCUACAACAACUAGUUAUAAUAGUCAGUCCACAAGUGAUGACGUGUUAUCUGAUGACCAUUUUGUUACAGCUGAUGUUGAAAGAAGCAUAAGCCUUACUCAUCGUGAAGUAGAAGAAAAGUGUAGACAAGAACUUGAGCAGUGGGAGAAAAGACAAAAGGAGCUUGAAGAUGAGAAGAGGAAAAAGUGGAAAGCUGAGAGGGAAGCACAGGAAAAACAAAAUGAAGAGGAACAGACAAGAAGGGUGCAGCGUCUGGAGGAAUUUGAGGCUGAAAAAAUAAAGUUAGAGCUUCUUUAUAAGAAACACCAAAUUGCAAUAGAAGAUGAGUUACGGAAAGAAAAGAAAGCUUGGAGAGACAAAAUGAUGCAACAUGAGGAAUUGAUCAUGAAGCUACAGUUGCAAAUGGAAGAUGAGAAAAAUGCCUUGGAAAAGCAGAAAGCAAAAGAAAGACAACACCUGACAGAACAACAGAAUACAGCAGCUGUGAAAAUCCAAGCUAGAUUUAGGUCAUUUUUAGUCCAUAAAAAGUAUGCUCCCAUCUUAAAAGAAUGGAAAAAUGAAAUAAAAAAGAAGCAGAAAAUACUAGAAGAAAUAGAGAGAGAAAUGAAAGAAAAAGAGGAAAAAAUGAAGAUGCGAAUGGAAGAAAAUAGGCAAAAGAAAGAAGAAGAAAAAAAGAGACAAGAACUUCUUGAAAGACAGGAAUAUUUGGAACAGGUGAGGAGACAGGAGGAUUAUGAGAAAAAGAAAGAAAGCCUGAGACUUGAAAGAGAAAAACAGUUGCAAAUAAGAAGAGAAGGACAGAGAAAACUAGGAGAAAAAAAAGCAAAAGCUGUGAUGAGUGAAAGCACAGAAAAGAAGAAAGAAAACAUAAACAACCAUAAGCAGACAGAAAAUACAAAAGUAAUAAGAGAACAGGAGGAGGAAUUAAAUAAGCAAGUAGAGGAACAAGAAGAAAAACAGGCUGAAAGGAUGGAUGAAAAAACAUAUUGGAUUAUUCCAGCAAAAAGAACUUUGACACCAACAUCAAAUAUGCUAGGCUCUGAGAAGGAAUACUUUUCUCAAGUAAAUGAGAACAUAUACAAAAAUUCAGUAACACAUGUAGAAGAAAAUUGCUCACAAACUAGAGAUCUUAAUAAAGCUUCAAAUAGUCAUACUUCAAACAAUGAAUCUGUUAAUUUUGGAGCUAACGACAUGGUAGAAAAUAAGGCAAGCAAUAUAUGCAGCAGUCCACCAAUUGUCCAACCAAAUGCUAGUAAUAGAGAAGUUAAAGAUCAUUUUUCUCAGUCUGAAACAAGGAAGAAAACUCUGUUUCUAAUGGAAGAUGCUAAUGAAGUCAGAGAGACUUCAGACAAAAUUCAAGAUUUAGCUGAGUGUUCCAGUAGACUAAUUCUUCCUGAUGAUAUUGAAAAGAAGAGAAUAAACUGGAUGAACACAUGUAAAUCUUGGUCUAAAAUACAUGAAGAAAAUCAAAGAAAGAAAGCAGCUGUAAAAAAACGACCAAGGAAGAGUUCACUUAUCAAGAAGCCUAAGAUACCUCCAUUAAGUACAGAAAAGAUAACUCAUAGCAGCCCUUGGAAUACUCUGCAGCAGGUUACAACACUUACACUUGAAGAUUUGCCAGCUUGUAGUCUCUCAACAUUAUCCGAGUGUUCGAAUCUUCAAUUUUUGACUCUGAGGCGCUGUGGACUAGUUGCACUGGAAGGACUAAGUAGCUGCAAAGACCUGAAGUAUAUAAAUGUGGAGGAAAACAACAUUCAGAUAAUUGACUGUGAAAAUCUGGAAAAUCUUUUUAUUCUGAUUCUGAGCAAGAACCAUCUUUCAUCAGUUUGUGGUUUAGAUGGCUGCAUAAAUCUUCAAAAUCUUGAACUUUCCUACAACAGAAUCACUCGGAUUGGUGGUCUGGAGUCAUUGAAAAAUCUUCAGCAAUUAAUUGUGGACCAUAAUCAGCUAAUCAGCACAAAAGGUCUUUGUGAGGCGCCUACUCUAAUUCACCUAGACUGCUCUUUCAAUCACCUCACACAAGUUGAAGGCAUUGAGAAUUGUGGCCUACUUCAAAUUCUGAAGUUGCAAGGCAAUAACCUCCAGGAGUUUCCAAGACUGGAAAAUCAUGUUCUCCUUAGAGAACUAUAUUUGGAUGACAAUAGCAUUUCUGCUGUAAGAAUGCUUUCUUUGUGUUGGUUGCCUCUAUUGCAGAUUCUUUUGCUGUCCCAAAAUAGAUUAACUGAGCUUGUGCCUUUGAAUUCGUUUGUAUCUUUGGAAAAGCUGGAUAUCAAAAAUAACUGCUUGUCAGACCUUGAAGGUGUCAUUUCAUGGUUAGGUGGCUGUCAUAAACUAAGGGAGUUGUCACUCAGUGGAAAUCCUCUUCUCCAAGAAAGAAAUUUGAGGCCUUCCUUUUGUAAGGUCCUUCCUAGUUUACAGUUUCUUGAUGGUGAAAUCUUACACUAUAAUACUUUACCUACAACUGAAAGGAUCAAAGAAACAGAAUCAAGUACUUUUAUGGAACUGUGUCAACUUCAAAUUAAAGAAAAUGUUCUACUGAAAAAAAAGACUGCUGAACUGGGAAUUGCCUCUUCUAUUGAUUCUGCACAGGGACAAUGCUGGUAUUUUAAUCGGUUGAUGAAACUUAGCAUUAAACACCGAUAUGCACAUGAGUAUGGCGAUCUGAACAUUACUGACAGAGAUGGACCAGAAGCACUGCAAAAUCAUCUAAAGCAAACACCUACUGGCUGCCUACAGGAAAAUAACCUCUUUAUCAUGGGUGAGACAGAAAAUAAACAGGUCUUGUUGGAUCCUUCCAAAAGAUGGAUUGCUACUGGCCAUACUCAGGCCACAUUCAUUAACUCCUCCAUACCUGUGCACCAAAAGGAAAAUAAAGAACAUCAGAGAGUGGAGCAGAAGAGCACUGAAUCUUGUAUUAAUUACAGUGGGGAGACCAAAGGCAACAAUAACAUGUCAGCCCAACUCAUGUUACAACAGUCAGUGAUAGUAGCAAGUAAUGUGGGAAAAGAUCUUCAGCAUUUUGAGAAUGAUACAGAAAGGUCAGGGAAGGGAACAAUGUCACAGCAAUCUGACUGGAAGGAAAAAAAGACAUUUUCAUUCAUGUCUGAAAAAGAAGAGAAAAUUUCAAAAGAAUGGGGUUUUAAGGAUAUUUCUACUGCACAGCUAAUGCUGAAGAGGGCCCAUAAAAUGAAGCCUAAAAAGUAUAGUAAUAUAAAUUUAGACCCAGCUGUGAGACUGGCAUUGUUCAAAAACAAUGAAAAUAAACAUCUCCAUGUGAAACCACUGAGGAAGACACAGCCUAUAAAUUCUGGUUACUCUGAAGGUAAAAAAGAAGAAUUUUCACAGCUGGAUACUACUUUAGAUGAGAAAUUACAAAGGAGAAAAGACUUUACAUACCAAUGGUUUCAUACACAGCUUUUGGAUUAUGGAGCUGCCAGUUCCAAAAAUACGAAGUGCUGUCGUUUUUUGCCCGAGUUAGAUCCUGCGAUAUGUGACAGUAGACGAGUACAAGCUGUGGCAAGCCCUGUAAGCAGAGAAGACACGGAUUUAGACCUUGUUUCCAUGGCCAGUGGAAGUGCUUUGACUGAGAACAGAGGAAAAAAUAAGCAGCCACACAGACACUCAGCAAGAUCUUCAAAAAAGAAUAUACCUAUUCCAGAAAAAUCAUCUGUGAGUCCAUCUCAUAAAGAACGGAUAUCAUUUCGAGACCAUCCAGUGCAGUUCAGCGGAGGAUGGGGAUCAGGCAAAAAAAGGACAAAGCUUAAAAAUAUUGGAGAUAAUUUAACUAGUUGAUUUAAUCAAACAUGGAGAGCAUAUGGAGAGCUGGGGUUUUUUUAAGCCUAUGAAUAUUAAUUUUUGGAUUCUCGUUUAGUACCAAUAUAAAGAGUUUCAAUUAACUACAUUUGGCUUUUUUUAUUACACAUGGUUUCAGUGGUUUGGGGUGGUUUUGUUUUGGUCAAAGUAUUUUAUACCUGUCAGUAAGUUAUCAUAGUUUGUGUUUCCAAUUACUUGCAUGUUCAUGUGGUGUAGAAUGCAGAACUGAUUAACCCUACAAGGAUUGUUGUACAGUGAAUAAGUUUAGGCUUGCUUAUAACAACCAGUUGAGAUGUGCAAAAUUUGGUAAUGGUUCAUGCUCAUGUGAUAUAUGUCACAUAUCAAAACAGUGAAUUCUUAUUUUCUCACAAAUAAAAUACAUGCUUGCAAACUGUUGUGAGCUAUAGUAGCCAGCAAUGCCAUUCUUAGAAAAGUCUGUUUAGGAUAUUUCUCUGAAGCACCAAAAAUUCACAGCUAUCUACAAAUGGUGGAGAUAUACUUAUCUUUUUAUUUUAGUAAUAUGAUAAGUCCUCUAGAGCUAAAUUGUGCUCAUAAUAUGAUAAAGCAACCUGUUUAUAGUCUUAUACUUUCAAAGAAAGACUUCUAACAUUUUCAUAGAGGGUUAAAGAAAAAAACAAAUUUACUAAGUUCUCAUUUUGUUCUGGGGUAAUGUAACAUUACAUCCACAUGACACUGCUAACUCAACUUUAUUUGUUCAUGUAGCCAGACUCAUUCGGAUCUGUGUGCAAGAGUUUUGUGGUACAACAAGAUGUAGAGAAAGAAAACUAUUUCAAGUAUGUAUGGGUAUCUGACUCAUUACUUCUACUGAAUGCUUUGUUCAUCAAAGGACAGAAAAUGCUCCUUGAUUUCAAAGCCUAACAUUAUUUUGAUGUUUUCUACUUCGAGGGUAGAAGUUGCUAAUUGGAUCUAGAGAAGUCUGUCUUUGGUAUCUCCUCUAUCUUCUCCAAUAUUGUGAAGCCUCAACCUGCAACAGAUUGAGAAAGGUGGGGAAGUUAAUGGAGCCUGAAACUUCAGUCAGUAAAGAAUAUAAAUUCUAAUGCUGUGGCUGUUUUAAAAAUGUACUUAAAUAUGACAUUAUUUUGUGAGGUGUUUUUUAUGCUAGCAUACAUAUGACUAUGGAUUGAAAGCAAUUAUCUCCAUUUUUGUGAAUACUCGCAUUCAUGUUCAGAUUAAAAGAUGGCUGAUCUCAUGGAAAACCUCCAGUAAAUGACCUUGCUUGUCUGAA